GAGUUAGCGAAAGAAAUCGUAGCUUUGUGUAUUGUGUGUUGUCAAAGUCCACUUCCUACUUACAGAUUUUAGUGUAUUUUACUGAAGUAGACCAAGUCCUGAUAUUAGAUAUCUAGAUUCUAAACUAAAUAAAUUCUUUGUAAUUAACAAUGGCUCAAGCAGCAGAAGAGCCUGAUUAUGCUGUGGACGAAGGAACAAAAGAAGGAUUUGUGCGGCUUAAGAUAAAGAUGAAUGGAUUAAAAAUAAAAAGCUCUGGAUUUAAAAUAAUGAAAUUUCCUGGCAACCGACACCCCCUUCCUGAGGCUAAAAAUGCCACAAUAGAGCCACCUGAAUUUAGCACAAGAGGGAUUGUGUUUGAAGUCAAGGGUGGAAUAGAUACUGACAUGAAAGGUGCCCACUACAGACUGGUGAUCAAACUUCUUCCUUACGACAUCAUCCCUAGUGAAUCUUAUAUUAAAGGUGAAGAUGGUUGGAUUUAUAUGUUUCUCAAGAAAAAAGAUCAUUAUCAAUCUUGGGAGAAAUAUAUCAGAGAAGGGAGCCUAGAGACUGCAUGAAACGUCUAGGUCACUACCACAAUAUAAUAGAGGCUGCAUUUAGGAUCUACGUAAUUUCCACCUGAUUCAGUAAUACAGAUUUCAAUUAAUUUAUUUAAAAUUAAGAUAAUCAAAUUAUUUUUUUUAAAUAGGCCUAUUUUAUGGCAUCAAAUUAAAGUAAAGAAACUGGUAUUGAGAUUGUCAUUAUAAGAAUAAUUUGCAAGAUAAACAAAGAACCAUGUUGAAACAAUAUCGACACCUAAAUAAUGGACAUAUGAUAAAAGAGUAUUAUUAAGCAAUUUUAAUUAUUGAAAUCUUAUCUAUAGCAAAGUUCAGUAUUAUUAUUCAUAUCUUCUGAAUGAUUACACUGAAAUUUAAAAAGGUAAAAACUACUCUUUUAAAUAUACAGGCAAUAAUUUACAAGUAUACACAUUUAUCCACUGUGAUUUGCAACAAUUUUAAAAUUUAUUUUUCUCUAUAUUUAGUUAAGAGAUAACAUAAUUACUACAUGAUAUUUAUUUCUUUAUUAGUUUAUACGCUAACAAUGCUUACAAAAAAAAUUAGAUUCAGUUUUUUUUUUUGCUCAUAUAUGCUGUCAUUUUAUUUUGGAAUAAAUUAGCCUUUUGGCU